GUCCAACAAAAUCCCACUACUCGCGCUCUGUGGCUGUCUUGCUGUGAUUACUGGGGACGGAGCACGACACUUCGAUUUUCCCCGCUGCAACUCGUAACUCUUUCGGGCUCUACCAUCUUCUUCUUAUGCGUAUUUACAUAAAAGAGGCCUGGAAACUCAUAUCUGAGAAACGAAAGUUCCCGUUUUCCUUGUUUUCUUGUCUGUGACUGCUUCUUGUUAGCAGUGAAGGACUUGGCUUUGCAGCCUGCUUGAGUUAUUCGCUGCCGCGCCACACGCAGCCUUCCCAACAUUUGGAGAGCAGGCGCUCCCGAUUUGGAACUGAAUCGGGGUAGCGUUGCUCGAUAAGUCUGGGCCGUCCACCUUUUAGUAUUCCUUUGCGUUUCCGUCAUCUUCUGUGUCUCCCUGCUGCCUUUUUUGACGGCUCGCUGCCCGCCUGCUCCGUCAGUUUCUCUCGCACUCCGACGAGAAAGAAAGUCACACGGAGAUGGCAAUGGAGAAAAAACGCAGUGGGUUUAAGCGCGGCAGCGCCUCGACAUCGGCGGCGAGGGCCGAAGCCUCUGACCAUCGAGAAGCCCCAGACGGGGGAUUCUCUGAAACAGCUGAAACUCUGGUGCACCGGGAGUUCGCAGGCGAGAAACAGCAUCACCAGUCCAAGCGGCGUAAGGUAAUGGGGGAUGAAAGAAGACACGAGGGUCCCGAAGACGGUUUUUUUUCUCCCGUAACUUCCCCUGAUAACAGAGGGCGUGGCAUGGCUUCGCGGGAAGGACAACAGCAAGUCUUUCAAAAAAAACGCGGGAAAAGUAACUCUACCAGUGCAAACUUGCCUCAAGCAUCUCGAGAUCCGGAAAAGAAACUCGGCUCACUUGCGGGAGGAGGCGACGGGAGAACCUGUGGUCCACAGCAAGAGAGCAGGCGGCAAAGGGGAAAAGAACUUGACAUGUUCUCCGACGAAAAUAUCCAGAAGGGAAAUGGGAAGCUUGCGGGAAAGAACAGAAAGGCCCUUGAAGAUCGCCGUCAGAGCAGCGAGCGACCAGGCGGAAAGCGGUGGAAUGGUCGUGCGGUUGACGUGCCUCCCGACUACCGGUCUUCCCGUUUGAUUGUCAAGAACUUGCCGCCGUACAUUACGACAGCGGAGCUGAAACAGAAGCUGUCGUCUCUGGGUGGAGAAAUAACCGAUGUUUGUUUGCUGCGCAACGAACGAGGGAAAAGCCGCCAGUGCGCGUUCGUCGGCUUCAAGACGCAGGAGCAAGCCAUGAAUGUCAAAGACCACUUCCAAAGCACCUUUAUUCACACCCGAAAAGUUGAGAUUUCGUACGCUCUGCCUCGCACCACACUGUCUCCUUCGGAGCGCGGAGAAGCCGGUUCUGACGGAGCAGGCGGUGCGAAGGCAGAGAACGCGAAGAAUGCCGAUUCUGCCAAUCGAGGAAAAAAAGUCGUGAAAAGGGCCGGAUUGCCGCGAGGCACCGGCGAAGCGAAGGGGAAGGUAACAGUGGUGGAGGAAGAGUCGGUCGGCGCUCGGAAGGCCGGAGUUUCGAGUGUGCGUACACGCGUGCUCUUCGACGACGACAGCGACAGCGAGGAGAGCAGCGGAGAGAGCGACGCUGAUGACAACGAAGACGGCAAAAAGGAAAAGCACCAGCGAAAGAAGGCGACUGUGUCCUCUGAUACCAUUUCGGGCGCUGACGAUUCGAAAUCCGGCGACGACGAAAUCGAUGACCUCGCGUGGCUCCGCCAGCAGAGCGCUCGCACAGCUCUCGCAGAGUCCGCUGAUUCGCUAACGAACGCCGACGCAGAAGACACUCCCGUCUCGAGGAGACCAGAUGACACUCGGGACGGGGGAGGGGCAGCCGACUCAACGGAAAUGGCGGAGAACGAAGCUGCAGAUUUGGCGCUCCUCGGUUCCCACGGCCGCCUGCUGAUUCAGAACCUUCCCUUCGCCACGACAGUGGACGAGCUGCGUGCCUUGUGCGAGGAGUACGGGGAAGUUGCAGAGACGCACCUGGUGGUUGACGAAGAGACGCAGAGGCCGCGAGGCUUUGGAUUCGUCUCCUUUGUCUUUCCGGAGCACGCAGUUGCUUCCUUGCCGCGCUUGAACGGCUCCAUUUUCCAAGGGCGGAUUCUGCGCGCGUUCCCCGCGCGGCCCGACGCCACGCGCGAGCGGCGUCUCCAGCUGCGCGAAGAGCGGCGUCUAGCCCGGCAGAAAAAGCUCGCUGGAAGCAGCUACAAGGCUCGGAAACUCCAGCAGCUGGUCAGCCAGGACGAGCAGUUCGCUGCGGAAAAGGUGUGGAACUUGCUGUACGUCUCGGCGAAUUCGGCUGCUGACGCCGUGCUCAGUGAGCUACAGGCAGACAAAGCCGCGCUGCUGUUGGACGGGGAAGAUGCUGGAAGAAAAGGAAAAGCCCUGAUGGAUGAGGGCGCAGGAAAUCUGGCGGGGAAGAACACGGCGGCGGCCACAGUCGCGCUCAUGGAGGCCCACCUGCUCACUCAGACAAGGGCGUGGAUUAAGGCAGAGGGAAUCUCGCUCGAGGCCUUUGAGCGACGAGGAAAUACUCUCCUUACUGCCACCUAUCGCCAAAGCUCCGGCACUGGCCAGGAAAAUCCUGGAUCGGGGACUGCCACUGGUUCAGGCAGAGGCAACCAGGAGAAGAAAGAAGGGUCUCGAUCGGACAUCGCUAGAUCGCGAGACACACUGAUUGUCAAGCACCUGCCCACCGCGCACGUGAAUGAGGCAGAGUUGCUGCGGCUCUUUGAGCGUGUCGGUCCUCUGGCUCGCUUCCUUCUCGCCCCCUCGAAAACGGUUGCCAUUGUUCAGUACGAACGAGAGAAAGACGCGGAGGUGGCGUUUCGACACCUGGCAUAUCGUCAGUACAAAAACGUCCCGCUGUUCCUCGAGAAAGCGCCAGUGAAUGUCUUCGUCGAAAGAGAAGAAGAAAUUGAAACGGCGCGAAAGGGGGCGGUCGAAGAAGUGCGCGCAGCGAAGAUAGCCGAGAGAGGUGUCGCCGACGGCGGAUCGAAAAACGAGAGACAGAAGAAGCUGGCGGGAAGUGACGACCCAAAGCAAACAUCGGCGUGCGACUGGGAGAGACAGCAGCCACAGCGCAGCUCAUCCAGAAACGCCUCAGAUGUGGCAGUUGCCUCUCGGCAAAAGCCGCUCGGCUCUCAUAGUCUUGACUCGUCUGAAAGUGGACCCGCAAAACAGGACCCGCCUACGAGUUUGAAGAAACGGAAGGUGAAGGAGAUCGAGACGAUUGGAAACGACGUUCGUGGGGACUUUGAAGAGGAGGUCCAAGGCGUGAGUCUUUUCGUCAAGAACGUCAAUUUUUGCACUUCAGAGGCGACGCUGAACGACGUUUUUGCUGGGUGUCCAGGCCUCCGGAGAACGAUACUCAUGGUGAAGAAGAAGGCGGUGUCGAGCAGUGCCGCCGAGGCCACAGAGAACGGAGACGCACAAACUUUGCUAUCCAUGGGUUAUGCCUUCGUGGAAUUCGAUUCGGCGGAAAACGCGCUGGCGGCGUGUAAGCGCAUGCAGGGCGUCGUCGUCGACGACCACGUAUUGCAAAUAUCUAUUUCCAAGGCCGCAGGAAGAAGACCACGAGGAGAGCCUGGAACAGGAGUGAAAGUGCGCGGUGGCGCCAGCAGCGGAAGUGGCAAGAGCCAAGCUCAGAGCAACAAAGUACUAGUUAGGAAUUUAGCUUUUCAAGCCUCCGCCUCCGAUCUGCGAGGCCUGUUCUCGGCAUAUGGAAAUGUCACACGCGUAUGCAUCCCUAGGCAACAUGAAGGGCGAAGCAGAGGAUUUGGAUUUGUCGAUUUCGCAACGAAGCAAGAAGCACAGAACGCCGUCGAGGCUCUCACUGGGAGCCAUCUGUACGGAAGAAGGCUUGUCCUGGAGCCGGCGCAGCUAGAGCAGGUUUCCAAAAAGGCAUCGGUUUGACCAGACAUAAUGAGCGGGAUUUCCAUGUAGGCGCCUAGUCUGGACUGCCCUCACCAUGCUGCCACUAUGGCACGGUUUCCUUCUUUUUACGUGGUAUUUACGGGUCGCCUGACAAACGGUGAUCAAAGACUGACACGCGAGUACUCUUGCAUGUGCUCUACAUCUGUCUGGAGACGAUACACAGAGAAUAAUUGUAGUCAACCGGC